GAAAGAUGUCCCUCGAUGGUAGAUUAGAAUGUUAUUAGUCAUUCGAUCUCGUGUUUGUAAGUAAAUAUCAGCUGGAUGCGCAGAGAAGAACGUAACGCGAUUCCGUGACAGCGCGUAACGGACUUAACUGUUGGGGUAUACUCAUUUCGUCGAGUAAACCAGCCAAAAUGGGCCUUUUCCAGACUUCCUCGCCUUUCGACGCUGACGUCGAGAAGGCAACCAGUGAGAAGAAUAUAUCAGAAGAAUGGGGAAAGAUAAUGGACAUUUGCGAUAAAGUAGGAACUUCUUCUCAAAAUGCAAAGGAUUGUUUGCGAUCCAUUGUUAAGAGACUGUAUUCUCCAGACCCACAUAUUGUUAUGCAAGCCUUAACAUUGCUGGAUGCGUGUGUCAGUAAUUGUGGGAAAACUUUCCAUCUGGAAAUUGCGUCAAGAGACUUUGAAAGUGAUAUGAGAAAACUGGUUAAUCAUUCCCAACUGAAAAUCGCAGAGAGAAUGAAAGGACUUUUAAAAAAGUGGGCCGAAGGUGAUUUCAAAACUGAUCCACAACUAAAUUUAAUUCCAAGUUUGUACAACAAACUUAAAAGCGAAGGUUAUGAUUUUACUGUUGUUUCAGAUACGCCUAAACGCACGACCGUACUGAGCAAAGAUCCAAAUGUAGUUUCAAAUUCGCAGGAAGAAGAAGAUAUCGCGAAAGCCAUAGAACUUUCGUUGAAAGACAGUAAAGCUCACGGUCAAGCGUCUUCUUCACACGGUUCGCCUGGUUCUAAAAAAAAUACCACUUUAUACCCAAAUGUGAGCUCGGCGCUUGGUGCUUCCAGCAAUACCGAAGGCAGGAAGGUCCGUGCUCUGUAUGAUUUCGAGGCAGCGGAAAACAAUGAACUAACAUUUUUAGCCGGAGAAAUAAUUAACCUUUUGGAUGAUUCCGAUCCAAAUUGGUGGAAAGGCAGUAACUAUACAGGAGUAGGACUUUUUCCCUCUAAUUUCGUUACUGCUGAUUUGUCGGUCGAGCCUGAACAAUUCACAAAGUUAGAACACGGCAACAAAAAAAUGGUACAGUUUGCCGAAGAAGUCGAAGUGAAAACAGUAAAGAGGGAACCAGAAGUGAUCGAGGUUGAAAUAGAUGAAGGAAAAAUGGACAAACUUCUACACUUGUUGCAUGAAGCUGAUCCUCAGUGCGAUAAUUCUGAUCCACAGGAAAUGUUAGAGUUAGAAGAACAAGUCACUGCGAUGGGACCGUUGAUAGAUGCAGCUUUAGAAAAAGUGGACAGGAGGCAUGCACAGCUAACUCAACUAAGUUCUGAUCUGGUGGAUGCUCUUAAUUUAUAUCACACACUGAUGCGAGAACCUCCUCCCCCUACGCCAACUAGUUAUACACUACCCAAAAUGCCACCACAUAUGAACCCUUAUCAAUUCCAAAAUCAUGGACCACCACCUCCACACAUGUUCAAUGGAGUACCUCAUCCGUCUUCUUUUCCUGUUGGAAAUAGUCCAUCUGGACCGUACAACGCCAAUGUCCCAACGAACGAAUAUAUGGGGCCUGCAAGCAUGCCAAACAUGACAUUACCUCAACAUUUUCACGUGCAAUCAGGUCCCCAUCAGCAUCCUACAGGACAUCCUCAGGGUCCACCAGUGCUAGAGCAAACUAAUCUUCCUUACUCCCAUCAAGGAUUUCCACCCCAAACUGGUACUAUGCCAGGAGCCUAUGGUCCACCUGGACCGACAGGACGUUCAGUAAAUCAGCAAUCUCAGUAUGCUCCGCCAAAUGGGCAACACAUGUUGUAAAGGGAUGCUACGUGUUUCAAAUUCACCCUGUACUCUAACUCAAGCUGUACAAUAUUACUAUAUUAUAAUUAUUUAAAUAAACAUACCCGAAGUAGCCAAAGAUACCGGGCUUUUGAUGGAAGUUUUGCAUUCGAAACUUAUCGUGUAAGCUUGUUGCGUAGACACGUUCACGUCAAGAUGAUUAAAAGUACAUUGGAGGAAGGCGAUUUACUUUAUUAAUCACUGGCGGUAGGAAUUAAUGCAUUUGUUUUUUUCCUUUUUUAAAUUUUCGUUGUAUUAAUCGACUGGUUCGUUUGGCCCGAUCAUCGGUAUCCAAAUAUUUUAGGUUGCGAUUUGUCGCUACACAACACUGAUUCCCUGAAAUUCUUCUAUUUAUCGAAAUUCUAAUUAGCAACGAAAGGAAAAUGAAACACGAUCGUCGACUUAUACACGCCGAUACGUAAUCUUAAGUUCGUGGCGAAAUCUCUCACGAUACUUUUGUCUCUCGUUUAUAACCUAUUGUGUAAAGUUCGUCGUACGUUUGUAUUAAGUUAUAUAGAAUUGCACUAUCGUUUACGCUGUAAUUACAACAUCGUAACUAAACUAUACGGCAAAACAGUGGAGACUGUAUCAAAAACAUGACCGUAUUUUAUAGUUUUUUACUGUCAUUCAUUCUCAACAAGUAACUGUAAAAGAGACCUAAAAUACGAUUGUUAACGACAUACGAGUUCUUUUAUAUUUUUUUUUUAGUAAUAAUGAAGGCUUUCAAAGCUGCACGAGCGAUAUAUAUCUAUAUAAAUU